CAAAAAGGAAAGUGACGACAAUGAUGAUGAUGAUGAUGAUGAAACCCUCGACUAAUUUUGUCUUUGGUACCAUCACCACCGCCGCCGCCGCCGCCGCCGCCGCCGCCGUCGCUGUCGUUGCGUUGUUGUGUUUCGGCGACGACGUCAACGCAGACUCGACUUAUCGAAUCAGUUUGUACGGCAAGACAAACUUCCAAGGUGACCAGGCGACUUUUACAACCGAUGGAAGUCACAAGGUCGGUUGGUCAGGUGGUGCUCAAUCAUGGAUUUAUGAAUCCGAACCUGGUGAUGGAUGUUGUAUCGCCUUUUGCCGUGGGAGUACCAAUGUCGGAAGAUAUUGUGAUUCGGCAUACAAGACCGAAUCUUCCGCCGGAACCAACAAGGUGGUGACUGGAUAUGGUGAUACAGUUCUGAAUUGUUGAUUCGAAGAUGGGAGGAACAGACUUGUAAUGCCGGGCCAUCUUGAUGUGUGAUCCAAAUUCAGGAUCCAAAGUAGGAAUCAAAAGUCGUGAUUGGUGGUUCGGAAUCAAAUGUCAUAAUCAAAACCCUCGAAUUCCCCUGGUCAAUCGAAACGGAUGGGCCUCGGUGUUCAAAACCCACUCGUCCAAACUGAUCAAGCUGGGGUCACUAAAC